CUUAAGGAGGCCGACAUCCUAUAUGCCAUAACAGACAAUGCUCCUUACGCCUGGGUACUGCUUGCGAUAGCCAUGCCCAUCUACCUCUUUUACCGUUAUCACUGCACCGUCUGCCUAUCAGAGGCCUUCAUAGUGGUCUACGAGGACGAGACCAGCCGAUUCGAGAGUCUAUGGCGUCAGCAUCCGGUUUACCUCGCCAGACUUAUGAGUCACCCAAAUAUGGCAUCGGCUCCAAACCCUUCCCUGGACAUGGACCAGAUGGUCGACGAACUCACAGCUCCCAGUUCGAACCACGCUGCUCAACGUAGAUUUUCUUUUGCAAGCUGGCGCCUGAGGAGAGAGUUUGGUCGUCAUGCCUCCUUCUUUCACCCUCAGGCUAUGAAUCUACGGGAAUUUUCGAGUCAGUCUUUUGCCGCCUCCCAAAUGGAUGCUUCUGAACCUUUCAGUGAGACAGGUGUAUGCGAACCAGGAUCAACAAGGCCCAGGCUGCCACAUUCUGAGAGUCAUGAAGGUCCAAAUUACUUUUUGCAUAGGGAGCGCAGAACGCAGAACUACGCGCCACACCACGACAACCCCGGUCCCUACUCCAGCGCCGACGGACACGCAAAUAUGCAAACCGAUCUUGCGGCGGCCUCGCGACACUUCAAUCAGCACAAACUAUUCCACAGUCAUCUUCCUCAGUCCUCUACUAGCCAGGUGAAUCAGGUGGAAGAGAGUUCGGAGGUUAUUCCGCGGCGUCCAACGCUGGCCAAUUUACAGGCUGCAAAAGAUCGCGUCCAGGCAAGGGAGAAGGCACACAAACGCGUCCUUGAAAACGCCAGUGGUGAU